AUGGGGGGCCUCCUGUCAUCACCGGCCAGCGGUGCUGGCUUCACCGUCGCUUCGGUGGAAGAGCUGCUGGAGCGCGUGCCAGCGCUGACGGUGCCGCCGGCAUCGCCGGCGCUGGCCUCCGCGCGUGUGCUGAUCAUCGGGGGCUCCAUCGGCGGAGCGGCAGCUGCGGCAUGCCUGCGAGCAGCGGGUUUCCGGCAUGUCCAAGUUGUAGAGCGCAGCGAGGGUUUGCAGGCGGGUGCAGGCAUCGGUAUGGAUGAGGCUACUGUGGCUGUGCUGAAAGGCCUCGGCGUGCCACUGGCAACGACUGCCACCAGGUCACCAGAGGGCGCCGUAGUGCUGCAGCGCAUGCGAUGGGAGGAGGAGCGCCUAGCCUCCGGGCGCACGGUGUUGCGGCAGCCUCUGCCCUAUUUUGCGGCACGGUAUGCGCAACUGCAACAAGGCCUGAUACAGCGGCUCCCUGCGGACAGCGUCAGUUUCGGGCGCAAGGCGGUGCGGCUAGAAGAGACUUUCCGCGGCUGUGACGACCAUCCGGACGGCACAGCUGUGAGAGUGCACUUCGCCAGCGGGGAGCCGAUCGACUGCGACUUCUGUGUUUGCGUGGACGGCCCCCGUUCUGGGUUCCGUCAACUGCUGCAGCUUGACUCGGGGAAGGAGUUGCGCUUUGCAGGCUACACUGGCUGGCGAGGAGUCGUAAACGAGGCCGACCUUCCGGAGACGGCGCGGGACGCUCUGCAUGCGGUGUACCCACUCUACGGCAACUGCCUCUACUUCAUCAUGAGCGAGUGCGGCCGGGGCCAUGCGGUGCUCUAUGACCUCGGUGAUGGGCUGCUGAACUGGCUUAUCUAUGAGCUCCGUCCGCAAGGGCCGGUUGCCGAGCCAGGCCGUACAACGAGUGCUGCCUCUUCUGCGGAUGUGAGACGACUGCACAGCGAGGCUCGCCGUGUCUGGGGCGAAGCCUUGGGAGCCAUCAUCGAGGCGACUCCAGAGCCGUUCUGGAACGACAUCUACGACAUCGCUGAGCCCUUAGAAAGCUUUGUAGCGACUGAGGGGCCUUUAGCGGGCUGUGCAGCUGUGCUGGGCGAUGCAGCACAUCCUGUGACACCGCACAUGGCGAAGGGCUCGAACAUGGCGGUGCACGACGCCUUCACGUUGGCCGCUGCUGCAAGCACGGCGUCGACUCCGGCAGAGCUCCUCGCAAGCUUCUCAGCGGCCCGUGCUCAGGAGACAAAGCGCUGUGUGCUGCUGUCACGGCACCUGGGCUGGCUGCGCAACGGCCAAUUGCAGGGAAUGUCGGGUCCUCCACGGGACGAGGCCACUUUUCUAGAGCUGCUCUCGAAGGCCAAGCUGCCCACCCGGACGCUGCCCGUCGGCGGCGAUUUCGAGGCAUUGUGGCGCCACGUGGAGGCGCAGCUGCCCCAAGAGCAGCGCGGCUACUUCCUGCAACGCGAAGAGUCGGGCACCCUGGCUGUGCCUGUGGCGGCGCUGCGUGGCAGUCUGGAGGUGACGCAGGUGAACCACGUGUCUCGCGAGACGCAGGAUGUGGCACGGCUGGCGCGCUUCUAUGAGGAGGUGCUGGGCUUCGAGCGGCUGCCGCGCCCGAAUUUCGACUUCGGAGGAGUUUGGCUUCGGCUGCCUGGUUCUGACAGCCAGUCGCUGCACAUCAUCGAAGCAGACCCGGAGCUCCAGCGGAAGCCGCCGCCGCUCCUGGACUCUUGGCUCCUUGAAGGCUUCCCGGAGCGACACAUCCGCAGGAGCCACCACAUCGCCCUCACGGUACCAGACAUCGAAAAAGCACGCAGCACCUUGCAGGCGCAUGGCUUGCGCUUUGCAGAGAAUCGGGUGCCAGGGAAGCCGGUCGUGCAGCUUUUCCUCUUUGACCCCGAUGGCAACGGGGUCGAAAUCGGCAACUUCGACGCGCGCUAG